UGGAAUUAUUCGCAUGCUGAAUCUUGCAAAUAACGCAUUAGAGCAUCAUGGGAAACAUCAUUUCAUACCAAAUCACCAACUGUCACGCUGAAUUGCCCGACAAGGGAAUAAUCCGCGGGCUUCGAUUUGACGACAAAUCAUGCCGAUUUGCAGGAAUCCCCUAUGCCCUGCCACCGACAGGUAAUCUACGAUGGAGAAAACCUCAGCCACUGCCCCAGUCACAUUCAUAUUCAGAAGAUGGCCAACCCUUUGAUGCCACCCAGUUCGGCCCUGUGUGCCACCAGCCCAACUACUCAGCAUCUGUCAAGAAGACUAUUCCCCAUCAUACAUAUGGCGAAGAUUGCCUACGACUGAACAUCUGGACCCCGGUCAAGGUAGCAGGACAAGUCAACCCGAAAUGGCCGGUGAUGAUCUGGUUCCACGGUGGUUGGUUCCAGAUCGGAGAUCCCAGCCAGGAAAAAGCGAUGGAUCCAACGGAGCUGAUCUCAACGGGCGGUUUGAACGCUGUGUUUGUAGCCGUUGGAUAUCGAUUGAAUAUCUUUGGAUUCCUGGCCGGGAGUGAGUUGCGGGAUGAGAGCAAUGGCAACGAAGUGGGCAAUUAUGGAUUGUGGGACCAACGACUGGCCAUGGAAUGGGUUUAUGAGAAUAUCUCUGCUUUUGGAGGUGAUCCAAAGAAUAUCACCUUGGCCGGGCGAAGUGCGGGUGCGUAUGCUGUCCAGGCGCAGACUUUGUAUGACUUUCGGGGCAAUGCGGCAUCCAAGGAUUUCUUCCGUCGCUUGGUGAUGUACUCGAAUGCGAUUCCCACACAGCCGAAGAGCCCGGAGGACUGUCAGGUGCAGUUCGAUGAGCUGUGUGGAUACUUUUCGAUAUCCUCAGCGUCUUCCGGACAGGAAAAGCUGCAGAGACUGCGUGAGGUAUCGGCCGAGGAUCUGACCGCAGCAAUCAUGAAGCUGAAGCAUCACACAUUCCGGCCAGUGACAGAUGGAGUCUUUAUCCAUCCCGGAAUAUUCGAAUAUUAUCGCGAUGGUUCAUUUGCGGAAGAAUUCAAGAAACGGGGUCUGCGUAUUUACAUCGGCGAGGUUGCAAACGAAGAGACUCUAUACGCUGUUACGAAUGGGCCAGAGGCAAAUAUCGAAUCUCUGCAGCUGCAGGUAACAAACUACUAUCCACCAUCGACAACAGAUCGCCUACUCCAGUCCUAUGCAUUUCCUAAAUCAGAGAAUAAGAAUGACUGGGAAGCUGUGUUUGGUCGCAUCGUCUCGGAUGGCCAGGUCAGGGCACCAUCGAGAUUUCUGGUUGACAAUCUGGUUCAGCACGGAGUUGACAUCCAUGAUGUUUGGAGAUAUUUCAUUGCAUACCGUUUGUCUUUCAUCACCGACAAGGUAGCGCCACCGUCGUUUGGAGUGAGCCAUGCGAUGGACAGGCCUUUUUGGAAUUACUCUAUCAUGCACGGGCCAACUGCAGAAGAACGACAGCUGAUGGGCGACUGGAUCCAGGAUCUUGUUGAAUUCGUGGGUGGCAAUGAAGAGCAUCAGUUUGGCACACAAUCCGUGGAUGAAUACAAGGUUCUCACGCCACGCGGCACGAUUGAGAUUGAGAAAGACACGCGUUGGGAUGAACUGCUGAGGCUGAUGGAUGUUUUCUCUGGGUCAUCAUAGGCUGGUCAAUGUGUAGAGAUGAGAUGAUUCAAUCCCUUAGUCGGUGGCUGUUGAUAGAUCGGGUGGGGUGGGAUGAACCCUGGUUGGCCAUCAUCUCGACCAGAACAUGAUGCCAAUCGGCGUUUUUUAUAUGGCAGACUAUGCAUGUCUAUCAAAGGGAG